UCCGCACUCGGCAUCGGCAGUAUUCGGCACUCUGCUGUCGGCACUCGCCAGCGCCACUCGACUGGGCACCGGCAGUCACUGGUCGAGAGCCGGAGAGGCCGGACGUCAUACGUGAUACGGGACACUUUUCCGCUCACGCUUAUAGCGCGCGGGACGCGGCAAGUGCAAGCGGGUGGCGGCAGUCGACGCGCGGGACUCGCUCGGGCAGUCCGUGUCCGUGUCGUCCGACGCGUCAAAGUUCGCUCGCUCUAGCGAAAUGCGUUUCGCGACGAUUCUCGCGCUUUUAGCGCUCUGUGCAUUAACGUCGGCUGAUGAUCAAGGAGUUUGUACAAAACAUGAUUUUUGCAAGUGUAUGCCUGGAAAACACCCGACCCAGACAACUGUUAAUUGCACCAUACCAAACAACGAGGUCAUUGAACUGGGAGACGGUGAUAUCCCGGAUAAUACAGACAUAAUCAUCAUCACCGGUUCCAAAAAUGUGGUAAUCGAAAUAGGAUCUUUAUCCAAGUUGAAGGACAUCCGCUACAUUCAUCUGUCGAGAAAUAAGUAUGUCACAAUGAAAAGCUUUGCCGCAGUCGACCUUAAUAUAAUCAACCUCUUCAUGGACAUUGAAAAAUGCGAAAACCUGGAUAUUGAACAGAAGGCCUUCGACAAAAUAAAAGGGCCAUUAUCAUUAUCGAUCAACGCGUGUCAAACCGUAACAGUGGGAGGGGAAGCAUUCUCUUGGCUUCUCUCAAUCAUAAUUGAGAACGUGGAACAAUUGAAGCUUAAACCGUCAGCGUUUACCUUAGAUCCUACAGCAGCUAAUGUUGGCGAACACGGACCGGGAAUGUCGAUAAAUUUUCGCAACAUAGGAAAUACAGAUUUUCCGGAUAAAAUUUUUAAAUCAUCGGCCGCUUUGGUUUCAAUGGUUGAUGUUGUAAUUGGAACCGUACAUGCAGGAGCAUUUUCAGCAAACACAUAUAAUAUUGUGAUGGCUAUUAAUUGCACAUUUAAUCGGAUUUCCGGGAAAUCAUUUGCUUCACAGUCGCUAAUAAAUAACUUUUAUUUAUCAGGAUGCGUAAUAAAAAACCUCGAUUCUGAAGCCAUACAAUCUGCUGUUGUGAACAUGAACAUAUCAGAUACAAGAUUUGAAAAUAUCGAAACAGGCGCUAUAAACGCCACUGUUGUAGCAGUCGUUAUUGUUGACAGCGUUUUUCGCAUUUUUAAUGAAAGAGGUUUUGAACUAACAUCAUGGAAUAAACUACAAAUAGAACGAAACUCAUUUGAUGAACUGGCACCCAAUGCAAUAAUCGCUCCAGGAGGAUCUAUCCAUGAAUUAAUAUUUGUAGAUAAUGAAAUAGAAACGAUCAACAUUGGUAGUGUUGGAUUUAUAGGUCAAGCUUAUAGUACUAAUGCAGAUAACGUAAUUUAUAAAAGUAACUAUUUUGGACAACCUUGUCAUUGUAAUAUAACCACUUGGCUAGCUAAAGGAUUGAAAGCUUCGUCAGGAGAACCAUUUGAAAAUGAAAGUUACUGUACCGUUGAUGAAUUUUUCGCUCGUUGUUUUAAUGUUCCUGAACAAAAUAUGCUUUUUAAAAAGUUUCGCGACAACGUGUGCCAUGACCACCUAAGCAUUCAAUGUGAAAGUAAAGAACUUGGAGCAAAGCCGGAAAUUAAAAACCCAAGGUUUCCUCAUAAGAAAGAGGACGACGAUGGUAUAAGCAAUAGAGAUAUAAAGGUCAUUGGUAUAGUUAUUGUAACCGCUUUUGGAUGUGUUAUUAUUGUCAUGUUCAUUAGUUUUAUUCGAUGGAUGAGACACAAAGGAUAUUGUGUUAACAUAAAAAAUUUCAUUAUAUCUUCAAAUUCAUCAUGUGGCACUCUUUGCGACCGUAUGUGUAUUUGUAGAGGUAAUAGUGGAAUGGAUAACGCUAGAUCUAUUUCACAACUAUCUGUAAAUGAAUAUUCAGAACGUCAUCGUUUAAAUGAACCUCGAAUCCAGGACGUUAUUCAAGAAACAACUAUACCUAAUAACUAUACCGAAGAGAUCGUACCAACAGAAAAUAAAACAACUCAAACGUUGCCAGAAGAACUUACUAAAGAAUUAUUAGAAAAUUUGAAGGAGAAGCUCGAGGAUCCUGAGAAUUAUGUUGAGGCCCGUGAAAUGAUAGAACAUUUGUACGAACUUAUCAAAGUUGAAGAAAAUUGUAAUAACAAUUCUCCAACACUGCUUAACAUUGAAGAAAAUAUUUACGAGUUACCAUUUCAAAACACUACUCCGAGAAUAGGAAAGAAUAAAAAGCAAAUGAUCAGUGUUGGGACACGAACUCCAUCACUUGAUAAAUUAAUGCCAUUAUCGCCUUACAACAGGCAAACUGCUCUAGCUCACGAAUACUUUGAGCCCAAAGAUUUUGCAGUCCACCUAUAUGCCGAGAUAGCAAAUUGCGAUAAAGAAAAAAGAACAUUUUUAGGUGCCAUACCCGAUGUGGUUGCCGAACAAGCUAUUCCAAGAGGUCCUUACUUACGGGCAGUACGGGAGAAAAUGAACUCCAGCGCUUCACCUUCGGUUAAAUCUUUAAAUAGUUCAAUCGCUAGUCCCCAGCAUAUGUCUACCAUAAAAUCGAAUAAAUCUACAGCCUCUAACAAUUCUGGCAAAAUGUUGAACAGACCACUACCCGAAAAGCCAACUAUUGAUCCUGGCGAGGGUACAUCUUUUCGACAUGGAUGAGUAAUGGCCAAGGGCGAUACUCGUCCAGCAUCAGCUCGCAAUAAAAGAAAAAAAUGCGAAAAACGCGAAAGAGCUGCGGCUUCAGCACUUCUGGUCACUGAUCACAUAGAUCUCGAGUUUGAUUUUUGUGUUACAGGAUAAAGCCCUUCUCGUGAAAGGGAUAUACGCGACGUUUGCUUAACGUUAUUUUGCUGUGAUAUUUAUUUACUAUUUACUAUUAGUUUUUUUAAUACAAUUAUUUAAAAGAACUAUUUAUUUUAAAGUAUGUGUAAGAUUAGAUAGUGUUGUUCUGCUUUAUUUGUAGUUGAUUCAAUAUCUGUAUUAGCUAUAAUUAUUGAUAUUAGAAAUUAAGCAUCGAUUCGCACUAACAAUUACAGUAGCAAAAUAAUAUGAUUGUCAUUUUCUUUAUCGUUUAAGGAAAUUUUAAUCUAACCUGUCUUGAUACCAAAUUUUAGUUACCGAAAUAAUAUAAGUUACUAUAGAUAAUUAUGUAUUGAACAAUAUGUCUCUCCCAAUCACGUUAAAUAAAAGUAACUUCGUUGUCCUCAAAGGUUAGUGAGCAGGUUUAGGGUAGUUUCGGGACAUUUCUUUUUUAACAGAAUGUAAGUUUGUUUGUCUCGUAUGCGUUUCACUUUGUCCGUUCUGCAGAUAUACUUAGCAAUUGGCAUACAUGGUUUUUCUGUAAGUAACAGUGAAACACAUACCGAACAAAAGCUAGACAGUAAUGUAGUACAAUGAAAUAUUUUUAUAAUAAAAAUCAUAUAUUUUGGUAAAUAAUAAUAAUAAAGACCCGUUUUUCGAAAACUUCUGUGGAAUCGACCGUAUACUUAAAGUCCGCAUUUGGUUAGAUACAACUGAUAUUUACACAUAAAGAGAGUCGAAAUUGUUAUUUACAAAUAAUAAUUUUCAACCUAUUUUUGUAACAAAUACAUUUAUCUAAAAAAAUAUCUGUAUAAGGUUUAAGUUUAUUGUUCUUUAAGGACGCUGAUGACUGUUUUUUUUAUUUGAAUAAGUUAAUUAUGAAUCCGUUAAAUUGUGUAAAGUUAUGUCCCAGAGAGAUGUAAGAUAGGUAACGGAAAAUUGUCCAAAAUAGUACAAUAUUUGCUUUUGUUAAUUCAAUCUAUAAAAUCUCUGCGUCUUUCUUUUAUAAUACUUUUAAGGUGUAAGACACCUGGGUUAGGUUAAUGAAUAAAUCAUUAACUUUUUCAAAACUAUAGAUGCAUAAAUUCAUUAAUGAUUAAUAAAAAUAUUGUACUCUAAUAUCAAUUUUAAGCAUUUUUCUUAUAUUAUAAAUUAAAAUGUUACUAUCAGUAGAUGUAUUAUUAGCUUACAUUUAACUUGGUAACCAAAUCAGGUUACAAUUAAUUCCAUUGAUGUUACGUAUAAAAUAAAUGUUGUCAAUCAA